UCAUAAUCAAUCAUCAUCACUCUGACUUUACCUCGCCCUCGUCUUACUCCUCCCCUAUAUCUAGUUAAAAGAGCUUCGACCCUCCUGGUUUGGUCAAGCCUGGCCUCUCUCUCCCCUCCCCAGAUAUACUUCCUCUUUACCACACCUUCUACUACGCACCUUGCCUUUAGCCCAACCACCGGUGGAUCGCUGUAACGCUAUCCCGUCCUUGGAACCGUUCAACUUGAUCAUUAAUCAUUACAUGCGGUUGUCUUGAUCGAGCUCUCGCAUUGGCUCGAACCCUCUGAACCUUCUCUGCUCAUUACACCUUCUUUUACCUUUAUCCAUCCGGCCUCGUUAUAUCAUCGACCAAUCUUACGUAUUGUCGAUCACUGACCAUUGCAACACCGCACCACAAAAAAAGGUAUAGGCGAGGACAAGGCAUAAGAAAAGCAAUAAGAAAAAGAAAGGGAAACGAAUUUCGAAAGAACAGGAAAACAAACAAAAAAAAGCAAAGCCGACUAGUUAACCUACAAAACUAACCACCGGAACUGGAACUCGCGCUUUCGAUACUCUUUUAAUCUUCACCUUUUUGUUUGACUGGGAAGAUACUCUUUCGAUUUCUCUGGCCACAUCUGCCUUUCAAUACCCGCAACCAAACCUCCUUCAACCUCCAUAAGUAUAUAUAUAUGCGCACAAUGACGGCACGCCAAUCAUCACCUACAUCAGACCACUCACAUUCGGACGGCAAUGUCCGCAAGAGGGUCUGUAAGGCUUGCGAUCGGUGUAGACUGAAGAAAUCCAAGUGUGACGGAUCCAACCCAUGUGGUCGGUGCAGGACAGAUAAUGCCAUCUGUGUCUUUGGCGAGAGGAAGAAGGCUCACGACAAAGUGUACCCCAAGGGAUAUGUCGAGAUGCUUGAACAACAACAAACGUGGCUGGUCAAUGGCCUUCAAGAAAUGUACCGUCGCGCCUUGGAGGGUGAAGGCUGGCCGGGAGAGCCCUUGAAAUGCGAGCCCAACGGCCAUCCUCUAACGCACGAUCUGCUUACACGACUCGGCGCCUUGGACCAGACCAAGGGUGAGCGCUUCGAAGAGAACACCGAGGCCAUGCAGCAAGAUCUCUGGAGGCAGAAUUCCGGACACAUGCAACGCCAGGAGUCAUCCGAUGGUAGCUCAGAAAGCGCGCAGUCACCUAUCAUGCCCUCCCGCUUCUCAGACCCGUUUGCUCGCCAGCUCUCGAGUACACAAUCCAGCUUCAGCACACCGUCCCAAACGCAAGGUCCCACUAUCAAAUCAGAGCCUCAAAUGGCACCGACGAAUCCCGCCUUCGUUGCGCCCAUGACCAUGCAAGGGGUGGUGAACCCCCUCGCCCUUCAGACCCCGCAACAAUGGCCCAACAAUAACUUUGGCGCUUUCGACGAUAUGGAUCUAAUAGGCGCUUCCGAUUAUACGAAUUUGUCCUUUGACGACCAGGUUCCCUCGCCAAUGUUCAACCGUCAAUUACCGAUGAGCUGCAUGCUUUCCUCUUCGUCGUAUAUGGACACAAAGGGUGACUAUGAAGACAUCAAUCAGUUCUUAAAUGCCAAUGCGCCCGAGAUUGCAUCGACCUGAGAUCACUACGAUACGACGAAGUUCAGCAUAUUAAUGUCUUUCUUUUGUCUGACAUUUUGUUUUGCAUACGCCGUACGACGUAACGCGUGUAUUUACUACAUGCUACAUUUCGACAUUGGGACUACUUUGAACAUAUGGCAGCACCCACCUUCAUUUAGAAGGGUAAUUGGAUAGCUGUACAGUGGGAUUCUUUUGGGUGACUGGCAUCACAUUCUUUUCCUUUCUUUUCUUGUGGGGACAGCAUCCUCUAUCUUAUAUUUUGGCUUAUAUUUUUUUUUUCUGAUGAUGAAGGCGCCGAGGUGUUUUGGGAGUUGGAGUUCACACAAAACAUUGGACGGGCUCUUGAAAUAGGUAGGGCGGUUGGUUUUCUCUCGAUUUGGAUCCUUUUGCGUGGAUACUUGCCGAUGCUGGUUCUAGUUUCGGAUGUUCUAUAUGUCAUUCUUAUGUCUCCGACGUUGAAAAUAUACAAUUUAUUCUUUAUUCUUAUUGA